AUGUAAAAGCAUUAAUCAGAUCCAUAUAAAUUACCUUUAUUGAUGGAUGUUAACAAUAUUCCUGAACUUGUAGCAUAUAUAUGUUUUUUAGUUAUUUCUAUUUUACUAAUGAUAAAAGUUUAUUUAAAUUAUGUAAAUGCCAAAAACUUAUCACUAACAAGAACAGAAGAAUAAAAGGACAUGCUCUUAAUUUAAAGAUUAUUACUUAUUAAUUUAACUUUAGAAAUCCUCUCUUAUUUAGUAGAAAUUAUAGGAUUCUUUUUUUUGAAAUCAGAUGUAUUUCCAAUUUCAUACUUCUUUUUCUCUUAUUCACAUAUUGUUAUUCUUUAUAUAGCUUAUUGGAGAUCAUCCCUAAUCUGGUAUAAAAAGAAUAUAAUUUUAAGGAUUUAACUAUUAAGCAUGAAAAAAACAGAUGAUACAGUUUUAAGAAACAUAUAUAUUUGCUUAAAAAGAUUUCCUAUUAUAGAAGUGUUUAUAAUUAUAUUAGCAAUAUUGAUGUUUGUGUUUUAUUUACUUCAAGAUUAAACGUAUAUUUAUUAAAACUAAAUUAGAAUUGCCGGGUUGCUAUUCGUAUCCAUAACAUGCUUUAUAUUAAUAGUUUUUAUUAUUGUAGGGCUUUUAUUUAGAAUUUAUGUUUUAACUUAAAAAGAUAUACCUAAAGAUUCUAGACUAAGGGUAUUAAAAUAUAUUCAAUCUAUUAGGUUUCAAUAUACAUUUUGAUCUUAAUUGUUGUAACAUUGCUUAGAUUAAUUUGGAAUCUUCUAAAUUCAUUAUCAAGCUUUUAAGAUUUUCUAGAAAAGUUCAAAUAUGAAGAAGAUGAUGGAGGUGAUUUAGUCGAAAAACCCUUUAAUUGGUUCUUUUAUAUUAUUAUUUACAUACCUUUGGCGAAUUUUGUUCCUAUUUUCCUUUUAACUAAUAUAUACUAACCUAAAAUAUUAAAUAUACAAAAAAGAAAAACUUUGAUUGAUAUUUCAUUUUGA